UUCCAGAUGACGCGACUGAGGCCCAACCAGCUUUGUAGGAGGCGGAGUCUCCCCAGGGUCUCUCUCCAGCUGUCCUAGGGGAGGGGGCUGUGGGAACCACGAGGCCCCUCCCUGCCUCUAGCUCCAUCUCCCGGCAAGCUCCGAGAGGCGGGGAGAGAGAGCCGGAGGAGGAGAACUCUGCAGCUCUGCAGAAGGGGCCAGGAGCUCCGGUGUUUGGUACCCCCGGCCCCGCCGCCACUGCUGCUGCUACUGCUGCAGCGGGGACACAGAACUGGCUGUGGCUGCUCUCUUCCUUCUCUUCCUCCUCCUGCUGCUACCGCUGCCGCCGCCGCCGCCGCCGCCGCCGCCGCCGCCGCUGCUACCGCUGCUGGGUACACACCGCCAGCCCCUCGGGGUGUGGUUUCCUCAGAACUGCCCCCAAAGGUGGGACCCAGCCUUCUCCCGGACUCCCCUGCCAGCCUCCUGCCUUGUCCAGCAGCCCCCUUUCCCGGAGACACACCCAACUUCAUUCCAGUACCCGACUUUCCAACCCACUUUGGGGGGGAAAUCCCUUUCCUCUUAGUCUUUUGAGAUCGGUGUGCUGAGGGCUAUGCCCAACUUUGGUCCAGUUGUGCCUAAGCCUCUUGGGAUUUCCCCAAGACCCUUUUUCCUUUCCCCAGAACUCUUCAGAUAGUGGUCCAGGCUUCCUGUAGCCCUCCAGAUACCCUCUCCCACAGAUAUCUUCCAGCCCCUAAGAAAAUCCACCCUCUUAACUACCCCACUCUCCUGUUCAGCCCCACCUGGGGCCCUUUGCCUCUCCGGCCUUUCCCAGAACUCCUGUAGUGUGUAGAAACACCCCCCAGGCUAUUCUUGGCAGCUCCAGUCACUCCCAAGGCACUUUUUAGCCUCUUUACAACCUCCUGGCUCUAUAGGCACCCUUGAGAUGCUCCAGUACCCUUUCCAGAUCCUCAAGGGUCCUCCAACUCCCUUAUUUCCCCUGCCCCCCAGAAGACUUGAGGGUGUAGACAAACCCCCUCCUCUUUCUUGGACCCUUUAAUAUUCCCCCGACUAUCAGCCUCUUUCAAGCACCUCUGGUCCCAUCUUCCUCUCUCUGGAUGUCCCUAUAUCCUCUCCAACCUGCUGAGGGGUUUCAGGCCCUUUGUUGGGAACCCAUGAGUGUGGAUAACUCCUUACUUGUCUCUCGGUCCCUCUAGAUACCCCUAGACAUCUCUCAGGAACAUGCUGACCCCCUAGAAUCAUCUCAGUCUCUCUAAACCUGAGGUUCCUUUGGCACCUCAGACCCUUCUCAGUCAAUUGGGACACCACCACUCAGGCCUCCCCUAGACUUUAAAUGUCCACCAAGCUACUGCCUGUCUCUCUCGUUCCUCCUCCUGGUUCCUCUUGGCCUCUCUAGACACCCCAAGUUUCCUUGCCCGGGUAGCCCAGGGCCUCUCCAAGCCCCCACCAUCCUGGAGACAGCUACCUUCUCCUAAACGUUUGCCACACCCCCCUCAAGUCUCCGUGGGCCUGGGGAGCCUCAGGAUGGCAGCAGGCGUGGCCACAUGGCUGCCCUUUGCACGGGCCGCAGCGGUGGGCUGGCUGCCCUUAGCCCAGCAGCCCCUGCCCCCAGCCCCUGGGGUGAAGGCAUCUCGAGGGGAUGAGGUUCUGGUGGUGAACGUGAGUGGCCGGCGCUUUGAGACCUGGAAAAACACACUGGAUCGCUACCCGGACACUCUCCUGGGCAGCUCGGAGAAGGAAUUCUUCUAUGAUGCGGACUCGGGCGAGUACUUCUUCGAUCGUGACCCAGACAUGUUCCGCCAUGUGCUGAACUUCUACCGCACAGGCCGGCUGCACUGCCCUCGACAGGAGUGUAUCCAGGCCUUCGAUGAAGAGCUGGCCUUCUAUGGCCUCGUCCCCGAGCUGGUGGGCGACUGCUGCCUGGAAGAGUACCGGGACCGCAAGAAGGAGAACGCGGAGCGCUUGGCCGAGGACGAAGAGGCUGAACAGGCUGGGGACGGACCAGCCCUACCGUCAGGCAGUUCCCUGCGACAGCGACUCUGGCGGGCCUUCGAGAACCCACACACGAGCACUGCAGCCCUUGUUUUCUACUAUGUGACCGGUUUCUUCAUCGCUGUGUCAGUCAUCGCCAAUGUGGUGGAGACCAUCCCGUGCCGAGGCCCCGCGCGGCGCCAACUGAGGGAGCAGUCCUGUGGUGACCGCUUCCCGAUGGCCUUUUUCUGCAUGGACACGGCCUGUGUGCUCAUCUUCACCGGUGAAUACCUCCUGCGGCUCUUUGCCGCCCCCAGCCGUGGUCGCUUCCUGCGCAGCGUGAUGAGCCUCAUCGAUGUGGUGGCCAUCCUGCCCUACUACAUUGCUCUUUUUGUGCCCAAGAAUGAUGAUGUCUCUGGUGCCUUUGUCACUCUGCGGGUGUUCCGAGUCUUCCGAAUCUUCAAGUUCUCCAGGCACUCGCAAGGCUUGCGGAUUCUGGGCUACACACUCAAGAGUUGUGCCUCUGAGCUGGGCUUUCUCCUCUUUUCCCUCACUAUGGCCAUCAUCAUCUUUGCCACUGUCAUGUUCUAUGCUGAGAAGGGCACCAGCAAGACCAACUUUACAAGCAUCCCAGCGGCCUUCUGGUAUACUAUUGUCACCAUGACCACACUUGGUUAUGGAGACAUGGUGCCUAGCACCAUUGCUGGCAAGAUCUUUGGGUCCAUCUGCUCACUUAGUGGUGUCUUGGUCAUUGCCUUGCCUGUGCCAGUCAUUGUGUCCAACUUUAGCCGCAUCUACCACCAGAACCAGCGGGCUGACAAGCGCCGAGCACAGCAGAAGGUGCGCCUGGCAAGGAUCCGAUUGGCAAAGAGUGGCACCACCAACGCCUUCCUGCAGUAUAAGCAAAAUGGGGGCCUUGAGGAUAGUGGCAGUGGGGAGGGGCAGGCGCUGUGUGUCAGAAGCCGGUCUGCUUUUGAGCAGCAACAUCAUCAUUUGCUGCACUGUCUAGAGAAGACAACGUGCCAUGAGUUCACAGAUGAGCUAACCUUCAGUGAGGCCCUGGGAGCUGCCUCACUGGGUGGCCGUACCAGCCGUUGUACCUCGGUCUCCUCCCAGCCGAUGGGAUCUGGCAGCCUGUUAUCUUGCUGCCCCCGCAGGGCCAAGCGCCGUGCCAUCCGUCUUGCCAACUCCACUGCCUCGGUUAGCCGUGGCAGCAUGCAGGAGCUAGACACACUGGCAGGGCUUCAGAGAAGCCCUGCUCCCCAGAGCCGCUCAAGCCUCAACGCCAAGCCCCAUGACAGCUUUGAUCUGAACUGCGACAGCCGGGACUUCGUGGCUGCCAUCAUCAGUAUUCCCACACCUCCUGCCAACACUCCAGAUGAGAGCCAACCUUCCUCUCCUGGCGGUGGUCGUGGCAGUGGUGGUAGGGCCAGCAACAUCCUCAGGAACUCCAGUCUGGAACCCCCUUGCCUCCUCCCUGAGACUGUCAAGAUCUCUUCCCUGUGAGGAGUGUGCCUGCCCAUUCAGAGGGCCCAUUUCAUUCUUGGGAACUCCUUUCCAAAGCCAUAUUUUGGGGAGCCGUGGAGGGGUAGGCAGAGGACCUCUUCUUCCUCCUGCCAAGAACUAUGCAAUGGAAGUUUCAUGGAAUGGCCCACCUGAUGGGGAAGUAGCCAAGGAGUAGGAAACGUCUGCUAGCCCAAACAGUUUUCCUGAUAGGAGCUGAAGCCUUGGGCUUUCACAGGUCCCAAGUUUCUGCUCCACCAUGCUAGGACUGGUCCUUCUCCUCCAUCUGGCCUCCUGCAUGCUCUUCCCCUUGGGUCCUCAGAGGCAGAUAAAACUCCAUUUAGUUUGACAUCUGAACUUUGGCCUGGCAGGGAGAGUUGAAAUUUAAUCUUUUCUUUGGCUGGGCUGUACAAGUUUGGGGGUUCAGAGGAGGUAACCUUCACCUCUAAUCUAGUCUCUAGGAGGCAAAGUCUUUGCCCUUCACCAGGCUCAGCAAUUCCCAGAUUCCGAAGCUUGGAAUGCAACCAUGGGCUUCGUGGGUUGUGGCCUUGGCAGUGCCCUGACCUGCCAACCUUACAGGCUUUGACCGUGGGUUCAGGCUGCUUCUCUUAACACACAGAUAGCACAAAUACUACCAUACUGGCUGUUGGAAAUGGGUUCCUGUCAUCCUGUCCUCUGCUGGGCCUCCAGCAACCUCUAGCAAUAGCAACUGCUGCCAUGACAAUAUGCAAAGCCUCAGACCAGUUUGCUGCAACAUUUAUAUCUGCCCUGAUCAGCUGGGCCACCUCUAACUACUCUUCUCUGGUUUGCUUUCUUCCUGGGUGGGGUUGGAGUCUGGACCUGCUGAGAUAAGAGCCCAGCAACCAGCAAUAGGUAGGCUGUGUUUGGAGAUCAUGGGCCAAUUCUUUAUUCUCGGGCAGGAGUCCAAAAGUGUCAUGGACAGAGGCCUGAGUUGUCCCCGAACUCAGGGAGGCAUAGGAAGAACUUGUUUGCUUCCUCUUCCUCCAUAUCUGUUUUCCAUAUAGUCUUCUCUCUUCUCCCUCUUGGGUCACCUUCUGGAACUGUCUUCUCAGGCUGAAAUCUGGCAUCAUCUCAGGUUCCCUGUCCCCUGCCCCCCACCCAAGCUCUGUCUCUGUGGAGCUAGCAGCUGAUAAAGACGGUUUCCAUCCAUCAAUAAAACCUGAGAGAAGAGAUGA